AUGAUGCGCCUCCCGACAUCAGCCGCCCUGCGCGCCACUGUCACCAGGGCCGGCCGCCAGGCCACCACCUCUUCCGCCAUGGUCACCCGGGCUGCCGCCUCCACCCACGCCAUCUCCAAUCCUACCCUGGCCAACAUUGAGAAGAGAUGGGAGGGCAUGCCUCUGCAGGAGCAGGCUGAGCUGUGGAUGGCUCUGCGCGACCGCAUGAAGGAGAACUGGGCCGACCUGACCCUCCAGGAGAAGAAGGCCGCCUACUGGAUUGCUUUCGGCCCUCACGGCCCACGUGCGCAGGCCCCCGCCGACGAGAACAAGAAGGUCAUACUCUACGUCCUCGCCGGCCUCGGUGCCUCCCUGACCAUCUUCGCUACCAUGCGCAUGUUCGCCAAGCCCCCACCACACACCAUGACGCGCGAGUGGCAGGAGGCUUCCAACGAGUACCUCAAGGAGCAAAAAGCCGACCCUUUCACCGGCGUCGCCUCGCCCGACUACAAGGGCCAGGGACAGGUCCAGUCGCCGCCCGCGAAGGCUUAA